GUGCAAUCUCAGAAGUAAAGCUGACGCGCCAAGGGAAAGACGCUAAUCCUGUCUGUCUCUUUACUAUUUCACAGUUCACAGGUGCACAGUGUUUCACUGCCUGUGUACCCUUGCUGCCAGCCCAGAUUUCCCCUAGGUCUGAGGCCGGUAACAAUUGGGGGCUCGUCCGGGAUUGACUGCACAUCUCGUCGGGGACGGUUGUCAUAGCAACGGUGGGAUCCUGCGCCCAGUGUUUCAGGGAAGGCUACUUCGCUGAGUGUCCUCCAGAGAACAACUGCCACAGGUGAUACAGCAACAUGACUACUUUCAGCCCACGGCGAGUGCUGCUCGUCAAGAUCCAGAAGAAACUUGCAGAUUUGAAUUUGAGGCAGUUACAGACUGUAGCCAGUUCGAUAGAUGACGGCCGUGAAGCUGACUAUGUGGUAAAUUUAAAUGAACUUGAACUUUAUGAUCUAAUUGUCGACUACAUCAGAAGUGAAGAGUUAAAAGCUGCAGAAGAUGAGGGCAUGACUCAACUUCUCCUCCUGUUUGACCUGCUCAACGACGUUCUAUCAGCGCCAGGUACCGAAGCAGCUGAACCUGGUAACGUGGCAACCGUCAUGACGCAAGAUUCAGCAACACAGAACCGAGGAGAAGCUGGUACAACACCAAUCCCUAUAGACAGCGAUACACACACACAACCAUUUCACAUGGACAGAGACACUAACACUCAAUCGUUACACAUGGACAGAGAGCCUCGUGUGCACGUAUCCUUUCAGGGCAGAGACACUGUCGAUGUACUUAACAGGGAAGUCACCUCAUCAACGUCUGGUAUGCCCGGCCACAGUGGUGUUGCUCCGUUGGGUAGGAUGAACUCAUCUAACACUUCUGACCAGGUUGUAAGAUUGUCUGAUGUUUCAGCUCUGUUGCCACGAAGAGAGUUUAAGUUACAUGGUGGUCAAAUUUGUGAUGCAGGUUGUGACAUGUCUUUCAAUUGUCUCUGUAAACAAAUGGAUGAAGGGUUGCAAGAGGGUUUCAGUGGGUCUGAAAUUAUCAGAGCAGUCCUCAAAAUAACCAAACCUGGUACAUUCAGAGAGAUGUUAGUUAAUAAGAAUGAUCUCACUGUUAAUGAGCUGAAAAGAUUUCUGCGCUCUCACAUUAGAGACAAAAGUGUGACUGAACUUUUUCAAGAGUUGACUAAUGCUAAACAAAGUGAUAAAGAAAGCCCACAACAGUUUCUUUACAGAAUAAUGGGUCUGAAACAGCGCAUACUUUUUGAGUCACAACAUCCUGGUGUGGGGUUUAGCUAUAGCCAAGAACUUGUUCAGGGCACCUUCGUACACACACUUUAUCAGGGGCUAAGUGAGAAAAACAGCCAUGUCAGACACGAUCUUAAACCGUUGCUGUCAGACAUGCAGGUUAGUGAUGACUUGCUCUUGGAGCAAAUCACAAAAUCAACAGCUGAAGAAGAAGGGCGACUGAAAAGACUGGGUUCAGGAGGUAAAACCAGAUCAGCUACUGUAAGCGCAGCUCAGCAUUCCCAAAGUGAAUUGAACACUCCAACAAGAGUUGACACUGAGUUACAAGCAAACCGUGAUGCUAUCAAAGAACUAACGGCUCAAGUUUCCUCUCUAACCAAGCAUCUAGCUCAGAUGUCCACCCCAGCUGAGACUGUGAAGCUGCAAGACUGUCGUUCACCUACUGUUCGUGCUCAACCACCAUUAUCUGAGACCAGAGAUAAAUGCAAUGACUGUGUAAAGAACAACAAUAUGAACUGUGUUCACUGCUUUGUCUGUGGCCAGGCAGGACAUCGCGCCAUUGGCUGUCUCCAACGAAGGUUGUCGGAAAACGGGAAGAGGUCGCUGGAGAGGGGCAGUCAGCGAUCCUAA